GAAAAGGCCACAAAUACUAUCCAAGUACAAGACAUUGUAUAACAAACAAUAUUGUAGAACAAUUUUACUAAAAUGAAUAAUAUUCAAUUAUUUUUCAUAUUGCUUGGCAUUCGGUUUAUUACAUUCAUUUCUUCUGAUGCAGGGCCCAACAAAUAUUUAUUGAAUAAUAAGCAACAUUCAAAGUUGAUAGUCAAACGCUCACCAGAUAGCAGUAGUUCUGAGGAAAGUUCAGAAGAAUAUGAUUAUAUACCUGAAACUCAACUUGAUACUCAACCUGAUAUUCAACCUGAUACUCAACUUGAUCUUCAACCUGAUACUCAACUUGAAACUCAACUUGAAACUCAACUUGAUACUAAAUCUGAUACUCAACUUGAAACUCAACCUGAUACUAUACCUGAUUCUAAACUUGAUACUAAACCUGGUACUAAACCUGAUAAUAAACCAGAUACUAAACCUCAUAUUACAAAAACGAAUCCAGUCAAUAAACAUGCUCACAAACCUGCUACUGGGAGAAAAAUUUAAUGCGCUUUUUAAAUCCAUUAUUAUUUGUUGAUACCCAAGUAGAAAUGUGCCACUGGCAUAUUACUGACCCAACACUGCCAGUCAGUAUAACGGUACUGAUUGCCGUACUGGGCCAGUAGUGGACCAACCCUGGUUGGUAACGCUGUCCAGUACUGAUUUUGUCCCGCUCACCAGUACUAACGUAGUACUAGAAUAAUACUGGCAUAAUACUGGCAAAGUACUCAUCCGGACUUAAAAUCUCACUUUUUUACAAAAUGCUAAAACACGCUUUCCAAUGCAAAUUUCAUCCUUAUUAGCUUAUUACUCCCAUUUUUAUCACGAACAGGUAAUGUGAAGCCAAUAAUAGUUAAUGUUAUUUAGAAUAUAUAAAAUAUUAUUAACAAUAAAUAAUUAAAAUAAUAAUUAUCAUUUAUAUUAAUUAAAUUAUUUUAUUUUUAAUAAAUUAUUUUACAAAAAAUAAUUUGUGUUGUAAAUUUUUUUAUUUUUUUAAAUUCAUAAUAUUUAAUUUUUUUUACUUUGCACUUAUACUUAAUUUAAUAAUUAUUUAAUAAUUGAUAUUACACAUGAACAAAUAUUGUACUUAUAACACUUAAAACUAAGAACGAAAAAUCUCGCACGCAUGGGGGAUCGAACCCUAAACCCUUAGAACGCAAGUCAGAUACGCAUACCGCACAGCCGCGCUGGCUUGAUGUGCUGACUUGAAGUAGUUCACCUAAUACAAAAGUUUUGAUUUCAAAGUUUGUAUUAUCUACUGAUCACGAAAAUAAAAUGAAUUUAUUCUUAAAUUUUUUAAACUCAUAAAAUUUUUUCAAUUUUUACAAAGAUUUAAUGAAAUAAAACUGGAUAUCAAUUUCAGUUAAAUAUUUUUAAUAAAUUAUUUUUACCGUAAAUAAUAUUAAAACAGACAAAAAUGAUUGAUGAAUUACAUAAUUAAAAAUAAGUUAAUAAAAGACGACUGUAAAAUAUGAAUGGUGAAAAAUUUUUUAAAUUUAAUAUUUAAUUAUUAAUAAUAUUUAAAAAUUACAGUGAAAAAAUUACAUUUGCUUUAUUUUUAAAACUAUUAGAAAAAAAUUCUCAACUUAUUGUUAUUGUAUGCAUGAUAAAUAACUUAAUGCACAUAUUUCAAUGAGUACUAAAAUAACUAAAAAAACAUAAAUAUAUUUUAUAUAGGUAUAUAAUAAUACAUUACAAAUACAUCCAAAAUUUUGAGGGAAAGUAUUCGAAAGAAAUUAAUAUACAUUUUUUAAAUAAAAAAUCAUCGUUUUCUACCUAUUGAAAUAAUUUAAAGACUUUUUCAUUUAAUGUUUUUUACCUCCGACAUAGUACUGAUUCGGUGUAUUAGUCAGUACACUGCCAGUACUGAAAGUCAAUAUCGACAGCCAGUAUUGGAUCAGUACCAUGCCGGUGUUUAAUUACGGCGAGCUACGGAUAUUUCUACUUGGGAUAAUUUUGAACCGUUUUUCUUUGUAAAAAUUGUUUUUGUGCAGCGAGGCGACGCGGCACAUCAAACUCCGCCGUGGGGAGAGUUGUGCCGCACAGAUUUUUUAAUUGUUUUAGUUAAAACAAAUGAUUUUACACAUAAGAAAUAAAAUAACUAUUGCCAAUGUAUGAUUUAUUAUUAUUUAUUAAUGGGAGGCAUCACUCUCAAUUUUGACCCACUUAAAUUUAAAUUAUUAAACGAGAUUAUAUAUUUUUUUCUUGCAUCAUUUGGAUUCCUAAAAACAUACAGGAUGGUAGAAAAAAAGAAAAUUUUUAUUUUUGACCAUUUUAGAAAUUAAAGUCUUAAAAAAAUUUAUAUUUGAAAUAUCAAUCUUCUUUUACAAUUUUGAUUAUUUUUCAUCGACAAUUUUUUUCCACGCUUUUUUUAAUGAUUCUUAAGAAUUUUUUGCAUGGAUUUUCAAAAAUAUUAAUUUAAAAAAAAAAUGCUAAAAUGGUCAAAAAUUUUCUUUUUUUGACCACCUUAUAUGUUUUUAGGACCCAAAUGAUGCAAGAAAAGAAAUAUAACCUCGUUGAAUAAUUUAAAUUUAAGUGGGUCAAAAUUGGGGGUGGUGCCCUCCCUUAAUUAUUUGUUAUAAAUAUUUAAAGGUUUUUGUGAAUAAUCUUAGGAUUUCUAGAUUUUAGUACCACUUUUAGUAGGUACAAAUAAACAAUUUCUGACUUAUAUUCUAUAAUUAUAUAGUUACUAAAAAUAUAAUUUUUGUAAUAAAAAUUUUCAUUACUCUCUAAAUCUGAAUUAGUAAAAAUGUUUACUAAUUUAAAUUAGUGACUCACUUUUUGCUUCAGAAUUAGUUAAAUUUUACUAAUUGUUAGUAAAAGUUAAUAAUAAUUAUCAAAAUUUUACUAAUUCUAAAGCAAAAAGUGAGUCACUAAUUCAAAUUAGUAAACAUUUUUACUAAUUCAGAUUUAGAGAGUAUAAACAUUUAAAAGAUUUUUCCAACAAUCGUUGCAUUUACAGAUUUUUUUUAAGUAUAAAUAAACAUUUCUGUAAAUAUUCUCUGAACGAAAAACAUCAAAUUUUCAUAAAAUCAAAAAAAUAAAAUUAAAAAUCAGUCUCAAAAUAUCAGAAAACAAUUAUAAAUUGGGGUCUGUAUUUAUUACAUAGACGGAGAAUUUUGAGUAAACCUGGCUAUAGGUUAACCAUGAAGUAGUAUAAGGAGCACCCACUAUAUAGGCCGUUUUUGAAAAUUCUUCCCCAGCCUUUCCAGAUUUAAUAGAAGCAUUUAUAUAUCCCCGAUACUAACAACCCUAGCGGAAAAGCGAGGAAUUACAGGUCACGUGGUACAUUGUUAUAUAAGUUUUUGUAUAUAACUGUCAGUUGGCGUUUUUUUUUUUUUGAAAUGUGUUUGAUGCGAGUUAAUUUUGUGUAAUUAUAAAUAAAAAAAAGUGAAAAAUGAGGCUGCUAAAUUCAUCAAUGAAUCAGCAUUAACCUAAAAAUAAAAAAAAAUUAAGAAAUUUCGUUUGAAAUAUAUACGGCUACAAUGAAAAAAAAUUAAUUAUAUUCUUAUUAUUUUUUUUUAUUUUUAUAUAACUUACAACAAAUUAUUGCAAUUCCUUUAUUAUUUCAUUAUAAAAACAUAAUUGAAAACAAAUAUUUUAAAAAUCUAAAUUAUAUAUUCGUAUAUAAAUAAGCAAAAACUAACCAAUUUUUAAAUAUAUUUCAAAAAAUGUAUGUUUUUUUUUUAAAUUUUUGUGUGCAACUUUUUUCUUUCUUUUCAAGUCAAGUCAAAUAGUUUUAUUGAGAUUAAAAAUUUGUACACUUUUUCUAAAAUUAUUAUAUAUCUUUACACUGUUUACUAUUGGGAACAGCUGUCACUAGGCGCAGCCAUAUUUUGAAAACUUCUAAGUACACCGCUUUUCCGCUAGAGGCGUCAUAAUCGGAGAUAUGUAAUUUCGGAUUUAUUCUCAUGCAGGGGGCCUAUAUGCUUAACAAGUAGUGAGUGCUCCUUAUACUACUUCAUGAGGUUAACUAAAUAUUAUUGUUUGUAUUGUUAAAUAUUGCUAAAAAAAAAUGUUAACAAUUGUAUAAAUAAAAAUUGAUACUCA